UCAAAAGUCAAAUUAUUUAUGUUGAUUUUCUGUUCGAAGUCAGUUCAGUAAUUUUUAAAUUCGAUUUCGAAUAUCGUAAGAUUGUGUGUGCAAAACACUUUUUAUUAUUAGGAUCGUUAUCAUUAGAGCUGGAAACAAAAACAAAAAUCGGUUGUUGAAUUACAUUAAAAAAGUGAGGUAAUCCAACGUUGCGACCACAUUUCAAAGAAUGUUGAAAACUGCCCCCGAUCCGGUGGAUGUCCAGGAUCUUCAGUUUAAAUUACGCUGUCGUCUAAAAGUUUUUGAAAAUACAGACAGCAAGAACUUUCCUCAACAUUGUAGUUUGGUAGCCUGUGCCAGCAGAUUUGGGUUAAUUUUUAUUGGUACAAAUACUUUCAGCCUUCAAGUAAUACAAGUGAAAGAUAUUGAAAAAUACACAAUUAGUGAUGGAGAUAAAGUUGAUUACCCUAGAAGAAACCUGUCUUUGGUAUCACGCCCAUCACAUCUGUCAGUGAAUUGUGAACAUACUAUUUUAGCCAUCGUCAUUGAAAAAAAUAAUUGUCCUUGUGCUUUAUUUUAUGAUGUAAAGUCUUUUUGGCAACAAGAAAUAAUUCAGAUAGGAGAAGUACGUUUGUCACCCACACCAAAGGUAUCUGUAAUAGAAGUAAAUUGGAAUCCUGCUGUAGGAUCUGUGUUUACUGCUUGCAAAAGUGAUGGAAGUCUUGGAGUCUAUGAAAUUAAAAGUGGUGGUGUAGAUAUAAAUGAGUUACCAACAGCUGCAGGAGCAACAUGUUUUUCAUGGAGCCCUAAAGGUAAACAGAUAGCUGUUGGUUCUCGGGAUGGGAAAAUUACUCAGUUGAAGCCAGAUUUAAAAGCUGUAAAAAUCAUUAAUGCUCCACCCUUAAAAGAAAUGCAUUCUGUAUUGUCUUUACAAUGGGUUUCAAACUAUCAAUUUAUUGGUGUGUUUCGACCGAACAACUCUGAUGGGCAAGCGCCUUUUAUAGUUAUUGAUGCGCCAAAGACUGGAGAGCCCACCUACACUAAUUAUGAUGAUAUAUGCUACAGCAAUGGAUGUGCUAGACCUUUGCAGUUUUACACAAUCUUGUUACAGAGUUGGAAUGUUUUAAUGGCAGCUUCAUCAAACAGCAUGGAGGUUGGUAUUCUUGGAAAUUCUGGUGAAUCUUGGACGCAGUGGAUAAUGGGAGAUGCGGCACGUGCAGAAUUACCUUUAAGUUCCAAUCAUCAAGAGACAUUACCAAUAGGGUGUGCAUUAGAAAUAGGAAGUACAGCACCAAUACCUUGGGGAGAAUCUACGUUAUCUCCUGCGCCUUUCCUCUUGCUGUUUUCACAUCAUGGAAUGUUAUGCUGUUUUUCUAUAAUUAACUUAAAAGAUGCAAUUGUGAGUAUAUGUACUCCACCAGAUCUCAUAAAAGACAUGAGUGGGUUGCACUAUUUUGUUGUGAGUAGAACAGAAAUGAAAACUGUCAAAGACAGUAUAUCAAAAGAUGAAAAUAAAAUCGAGCCACAGUUACAAGUUACAAUUGAAUCACCUACUAUGACAAACGCAAAAGCAGUGACAACUAAUGUUUCAGCUAAUACCACACAAACUUCUUUUAAAGUUCAAGCACAAGUAACAUCAUCACAGGGUUUAAAUCUUUCAAAAACACAAGCAGUGAAUCUCUUUGGAGGUCAAGCAACCCUAACACCUAUAACUCAAGCAAACAAAGUUGCACAAGCUUCAGUUAUGCCACAGUAUCCAUCCCUUUAUCCAUCUUUUUCAAAUAUUGCAAAUAAAACGGCAGCAGCAUCAGCUACACAAAUUCCGAUAACUUUAAAUUCUGCAAGUUCUGUUUCAAAACCAUUUAUAACUGUUCCUUCAAUCAUACCACCUAACAGUACAAUGAAAGUAGAUUAUUUAGAGUCUAAAGAAGACUCAUCCAAGUCAGAAAUCGGUAGCAUGGAUUUAAAAGCUGAGGAAGAAGCUGAAAAGAUAUUUGCACAAAUGGUCAGAGAAGAAUGCAUUUUCCUAGAAUCAGAAUUGAAAGCUGUCCUCCAUCAUGGAAAAACUCUAAAGUUCAAUUUGGGUUCUGAUGAAGAUAAAACAAAAAUAAUUGAAAGUACGAAAUUACUAGAAGACUUUUUUGGUGAAGUUUUGGACAUAUGUGUUACACAAAGUUCUGAGGUGCACAUUUUAAAACAGAAUCUACUGCAGUCGUGGGCUUGGUAUGAAGAAGCAAAAUCACGUCAUUUAGCCUCACAGGAUGAAUCAAUGAUAAUACUGAUAAGAGCGCAACCUCUUGAUUCAGCUUCAGAAAAACAACUUGCAGAUAUACAACACACUAAUUAUUACUUGGAGUCGCAAAUAUCUCAGGCACAUCUUGCAUUGGAUGAACAAUGGGAAAAUUUCCAAGACUAUUGUAAAAAAACGCAUAAAAUUCAGAUUCCAACAAUGGAAAUGAUAUUUCAAACAAUGGUGAAACAAAAUGCGAUUUUGCGGAAACAAAGCUACGUUUUGAAAGACAUCGCAACAAGAAUAAAAAAUAAAUCUCGAUCAGCUUUGGGUCCUUCGCUGUUAGUAAGUAUAGAUGAUAUGAGAGAUUUACCUGAUGAAUUGAAACGCCUAAGAAUGGAUCCGGAUGAUAUUUGUCAAAUUCAGUAUGAGCAUGUUACAAACAGAAUGAAAAACUUCACCAAGGUAAAAGCAGAUAAUUUGAGGUCGUUUUUGAAGAAAAGAGAUUAUGCACAUGUUUCUGCUGCAAAGCCUCCAUUGUCCACGUCGGUGAUUCAAGCGUCACCAUCUUCAAAAUUGAAACAGCAUAGUUUACUGCUGAUGAAAACUCCACUAUCUAAGGAGUUUCCUACAAAGACACUUGAUUUUGAACAUUCAACUCCAAAAACCACAGUUUCAAAGUCUGAAUCUUCAGUUACAUUACACAAGUCAAGUACUGCGAUUGAAGGCUUACAAAAUUUUACGCUUAAAUUUGAAUCUAAACACUUUUCAAAUGAAACUAAGCCAUUUGCAUCUCUAACAAAAAAUGUAAUUGCCAGUUCACCAAAUUCAGCUUUUGUAUCUACAGUAACCCCUGCUACAAUGAAGACAGGAUUUUUGGGUGUUGCUCCAACAGCAUCAACAAUUUCAUCUGUAGGUAAAACUGCCAGUGUUGUAACAGUAACUACUUCACAAGAAGCAAGUCAUUCUAUUUUGGCUGUCGGCAGUAGCAUUACGCCUAAAUCAUUUCCGUUUAUUAGUUCAUCUGCAGUACCCACACAGGAACCAAAAUCGCCUACUGUUUUUUCAAAUUCUAUUACAAAGCCCACCGUCUUUUCUAAUGCUGAAAUAACCUCAAUGGGAACAUCUAUUUUUGGAACAUCAGAUUUCAAUGCAGGCACAGUUAAAAAUACAACUCCCGCGUCUAGCGUAACUACAAAGCCUGCUAGUCCAUUGACAACUGGAUUUAAUUUAACCUCGUCUACAAAAUCUACAACUAUCGUUACGAAUUUAAGUACUACUGCAGGGAAGACUGCAACAUCAAGCCUCGCAUUUGGAUCUGCAACAGCUAGCACCCCUUCAUUUUCUUUUGGUUCAGCAACCACUUCAAAUAUUUUUGGAUCGACAAAUCAAAAGGUGGAAGGUGAUUCUGCUUCGUCUGCUGCGACGACCAAACCGUUCAUAUUCUCUAAAACGACUCUUUCAACUACAACUCCACAAAAUUUAUUAACAUCAAAAUUGAGUACUGACAACACUUCAACAUCCCUCUUUGGGACACCACAAAGCUCUGUAGUUACGAAGGCUACUGCUACUUCACAAUUAUCUUUGUUUUCUACACCACCAGUAACCACAGCAAAAACUACAACACCGACAGUUUCAGCUGUUGCCUCAUCGUCAAUUUUUGGAUUACCAUCCACAAGUACGACUUUGGUAACUACUACAAGUUCUAUACAGUCUUCAAUUUUUGGCGGUACUGCAAAAAUUUCGUCACCGCCGUCAGCAGUAUUUGCUGUAAAUACGACAAAGUCAUUAUUUGCUUCAGUGAGUCCCUCAACAGUUGCAAGUUCAUCAGUACUUGCAAGUAAUACUACUGCUUCCACUGGCUUAUCUACCGUAACUAUUAUUAGCACUUCAAAUACUGUUCCUGUUAGUACAAAUAAUUCUGUAGCCAUUACGUCAGCUCCAAGUAUAUUUGGUACUCAGUUGAUAACGACUAAAACCGAUAACACUUUUGGAUCUCUUGCAUCAACGAACAGCGGUAGUCCGUCCACAUUCUCAUCUUUUACUUCAACACCUCAAUCGAUUACACCUAAAGUAACUAUUUUUGGAUCUACUCCUACAACGAACAGCGAUACUUCAUCUACGUUACCUAUCGGUACUUCAACAACAGGAUUUAGUUUUGUCAGCACUUCAGCGAAUAAAUCAUCAAUAUUCGGUUCUAGCGAUGCAAACACAUCUAAACCAUCAAUAUUUGGAGGCGUAUCAGCUUCAGCAUCAACAUGUUUUGGUACAACUUCUGCAAGUACAACACUGUCGUCAAUAUUUGGUGCUACACCUUCUACGUUGGCUAGUACUUUAGUUGUUUCUACAGCGCCUUCUACACAGACAUCCUUAUUUGAUACAUCUACAACGUCAGUUUCUGGUUUUGGUUCCUCAACUGCAUCUACUACGCAACCGUCAGUGUUUGCUGCUCCGCCUCCGGCUACAUCUUCAUUUGGUACUCCGGCUACAACAACUACACAGUCAGUAUUUGGCACUGCAGUGUCCACUUCUUCAAGUUCUUUAUUUGGAGCCUCAAUUCCAUCAACUGCUCAAUCGGUGUUUGGUUCUAGUAGUUCAAAUCAGUCAACAAUUUUUGGUAAUGCAGCCACAUCCACAGCUCCACAAUCAAUUUUUGGAGCUCCAACUGCAACGACGGCACAGUCUCAAGGUUUUGGCGUAUUCGGGGACGGACUACAAAAAACUUCAGUAUUUGGUAACACUUCUACUGGUUCCACGCAAGCAACAAUAUUUGGGAGUACUAAUCAAUCCAGCGGAUUUGGCAAUGCUACUAGUACAACCAGCUCCGUUUUUGGUCAAAAUCAAACGACCAACACUUUUGGCCAAUCCGUGUUUGGUUCGUCGGGAAGUACCUUUGGUACUUCAAAUACUUUUGGUACAUCCGCUAAUACAUUUGGGCAAUCUUCGGGAUCAAUCUUUGGAAGCGCACCGUCUACAACAUCUGGUAACAUUUUUGGUGGAUCUGCUACAACAGGAAGCACAUUUGCUUCAAGUGGAACGGUUUUCGGAGCACCAGCAUCAAGUACUGCACCUCCAUUUGGCUCAAGCAUAUUUUCUUCAAAUACAACUCAACCAAGUACGUUCUCCGGUAGUUCUAAUACAGGAUCAUUUGGUUUCGGAGGUCUUAACGUUGGUUCUACUGCAACGACAUCGAGUUCAGGCUUCGGUUCGGCGGCAAGUAAUCCGUUCGGAAACGAAAACAAAAAUAUGUUUGGUAGUUCAGGAGCGCCUUCGAACAAUUCUGUGUUUGGUUCUAACAACGGGUCACUUUUUGGUACACCUACACAAACUUUUGGUAAUGGUAAUUUUGGAAGCCAGUCAUCGCCUUUUGGUCAACAAUCCACUUUUGGACAAAAUUCUUUUGGAGGAAGCAGCUUUGGGCAAGGACCGUCCGGGCCCUUUAGUGGUGGAUCUUCGGCAACUGUUGGACAAACCGGUUUUGGAACUGCGUCGACUUUCAAUAAACCUGGUUUCGGAAAUUCACCUGUUUUUGGUGGUUCACCUUCCUUCGGGAGUGCGCCCAGUUUUGGAGGUGCUCCUUCCUUUGGAAGUCCUCCAGCCUUUGGUAGUCCUCCAAAAAUAUUUGGUUCUACAGGCACCGGUUUUGGUGCCGCUACUAGUACGCAAAAUACCGGAUUCGGUAAUUUAGCGAAUCAGACAACUGUAGGAUUUGGCAAUUUAGCCCAACAAGCUGCAAACUCGGGAACUGCGAAUGCACCGUUUUCAGGGAGUUCGUCUUUUUCAAGCUGGCGUUAAAAUCAACACAAAUAUUUUACGUGUAUUGUCAGUAACGUUCUUCGUUUCAAAAUAAAAUCUACAUUUUUUUAAA